AGAGAGAGAGAUACUGAAAAAGAAAACAAGGAAUGAAGAAAAGCCAGGUGAACUCAGUAUCAGUGUGUGCAGACUCAUGAGCAAGCAUUCAGAGAGAGCCACGGAGAGAUAACCAACACCUGUAUCAGUAUGAAGGCUUUGAUUUUAAGGCUGCUCUCCGUCCUCUUUUUCACCUCUUUCUGCAGUGUGUUGCUUUGGCACUACCUUAUGCAAAGUCCUGCAGGUCUGCAAAGGCCACGUAAUGUAGGGGAACUGGAUAACAGUGCUGCAGCUGCCAGGGCUCCACUCAACAUUAAAGGGAAUAAUCCAUACAGGAAGGUCAUCAUUCGUGUUGUUAAGAAACGCCAAGGAAAGAGCAAUGACGUAGCUGUCAGAGUUCCAUUCAAAGUUAAACAAAAUCCUGCAAAGAGCAAUGAUGCAGCUGCCAGCAAUCUAGGCAAAGUUAAACCAAAUCCUGCAAAGAGCAAUGAUGUAGCUGCCGGCAAGCUAGGCAAAGUGAAACAAAAUCCUGCAAAGAGCAAUGAUGCAGCUGCCAAUGAUCCAGGCAAUGUUCAACAAAAUCCUGCAAAGAGCAAUGAUGCAGCUGCCAAUGAUCCAGGCAAUGUUCAACAAAAUCCUGCAAAGAGCAAUGAUGUAGCUGCCAAUGAUCCAGGAAAUGUUCAACAAAAUCCUGCAAAGAGCAAUGAUGUAGCUGUUAACGACCCGGACAACGUUAAACAAAAUCCUGAAAACAGCAAUAACACAGCUCCCAUCAGCCGCCGCCGUGUUAGAAUAAGACGUGUAAAGAACAAUGAUGUAGCUGCCAGUGGUCCAGAAAAUGUUAAACAAAAUCCUGCAGAGAGCAAUAAUGCCGCUGCCAAGGAAAAGGUUCCUGAAAUCAAUCAAAGUGAAAUUAUUGCAAACCUGUUAGCAAAUUACACAUCCAUAUGGACCAAGCAGGAGAAAAACCUUAUAUCCUUUAGGUCACUUCUAAGUGACAGUAGCGAUGCUAUUUCCAAUGCAACAGUUUCACAGGAAAACUCACCAGUAGGCAAAACAUUUACAUUUGAUGGAGAUCCUAAAAGGUCAUUGGAGGUGACUCCUGCUCUGUUCAACCUAUUUCCUAAGGAAAGCCCAUUUAAAACUGCCCCAUGGGACUCGUGUGCUGUUGUGGGCAACGGAGGAAUCUUAGCCAACAGCAGCUGCGGGAAACAAAUCGACUCUGCCUCAUUUGUCAUCAGGUGUAAUCUUCCACCACUGAGCAAUGGACAUGAAAGAGACACGGGAAACAAGACAGACCUGGUCACAGCUAACCCAAGCAUCCUGGUUGAAAAGUACCAUGCAUUAAAUGAGCACCGGCGGUCAUUUGUGGAGAAUAUUCAGAUAUACGGGGACGCUCUACUCUUCCUGCCUGCCUUUUCAUUUCACCGGAACACGGCGGUGUCCCUGCGUGCCCUUUACACGAUGGAGGACUUCAACAGCCAUGGUCCAAGACCUGUCUUCUUUAACCCGGAGUACCUGAGCAACCUGGCAAAAUUUUGGCAUGAUCAGGGGAUUCAUUCAUUGCGCCUCAGCACCGGAAUCAUGGUGGCCAGCCUGGCACUGGAGCUCUGCAACAAUGUCCAUCUCUAUGGCUUCUGGCCUUUUGGAAUACACCCGUACACCCAGCAGCCGCUCAGCAACCACUACUACGAUGACCGACCAGUGAAUAAGAGAAUGCAUGCGAUGCCAGCUGAGUUUGAAGCCUUACUGAAUCUCCAUAACAAGGGCAUCAUCCGUCUGCACCUAGACGAGUGCGAACAUUAAAAUGCAUGGAGUGACCUCUAUUAGACUGUGCCUUAACAUAAGUAUAUAUAUAAGUAUAUUGCACAGUUGGUGCAAGAAAAGAACAUUGAAUUAAUUAACAAAAGCUGAAGCAGGUACUUCUUGGUAUAAAGACUCUGUAAAGAUGAAAAAAAUCAGGGAGAAAUUCAGAUUCAGUAUAGUUUUAUGGUAAAGGAAAUGCAAUUUUGAUCUAUUAUUUAUUGAUGGUCACACUGUGGAGCAAUGUAAAAACCUUGCAGUUUUAGCUACAGAGCGUUUCCUGUUAGGAAGAAAUAACAACAGCAACAGAGAUGGGAACUAUGUGAUUAUCCUAUGCUGGUCAAAGAAGUGUUCUUCAGUUGUUUUUUUGUAUUUUUAAGAAUAUUUAAGAUUAUCUUCAAAAUUAUCUUUAAAACGGUUUUACACUGGAACUCUUUCUGAAGUCAGUUUUUUACUUACACUUCGAAAGGUUCCUUUCUGAGGUAAGAUUCUGGUUGGAUUUAUAAGCGUAGGAAAGCGUAGGCAUAGCUUGCUUAGAAGUUUUACAUAUUCUGAGAUAUUUUCUAAGAUAUUAGCUUAGCACAACUUGCGUGUAAUUAUUUAAGAAAAGGUGAACUGCUGAAAUGUUGUAAGUGUGGCAGGACAUAAUGAAGUAUCAUUUAAUGAAUAAUUCAAUCUUUUUGCUGAUGAAUUUUUUCUACGUUGCUAGAGCACAUGGUGCUCGAAUUGAACUUUGUAGAGCAUACAGCACCAUAUAGCAUUGAGUAGGGUUUUCCUUGCUAGAGCAGUAAUGGAGUGAACGCUGGGUCUCUCAGACUGAAGGAUGUCUAUUCAUACACAAGUAUGGAAUAGUACAAAAAGGGCCAGUAAUGUAUAUGAUAUCAAAUGUACUGAUAACUGUGAUACACACCGUAAAAUAAGGUACGUGGCCGCACUUUAUUACGUAUGGCCUCUAGUGGACUUGUUUUGGGGAUGUGCGUUUAUAAUAAAUGCACAAUUCCUCAAUAUCAUUCUUCAUAGACUCAAAUACACACACACUACAGCAUAAACUGUGUAUUUUGAGGUUUGAAUGUAUUUUGAUGUAUGUUCCCUGAAUGAAUUAAUGAUUUACUUAAAGAUUUUUACUUACAGUAAUGCUGUCAUAUGAUCAUUCCCUUCAAAAAUGUGAUGUGGUUGGAUUUUGUUUUAUUUCAAAUGUAAAAUUAUGUAUUAGUGCUAACUGAUUCUUUAACCUUAAUGACUUUUUUUUAUUUACUUACAACAAAUUGUGUCACUGUUGCCUUAAACAUGUCGUCACUCCUCCACUCUGUAAACGGCGUGAUUGUACGACGACGCCUUAUUGAACAGUUAGUUUUGGGUGUUGGUUUGCUAUUUUUGUAAGGAAUAUUGUUCACUGUAACUAUUUUCUUAAAUAUAUCUCAUAAAAGAUA